CUAUGAUCAAUUACCUAACGUUAAACUGCUUACACUAUUUUACACUGUCCCCCACAAAUGCUUGGACGAAGUUGGCGAUUGUUUGGCGGGAGCCUCCGCAGCUUCAGCUCUGUCGUUGCCUCGUCCGCUGACUUGAUUGCGCUGAUCAAGGAAGGACAGGCGGAUGUGGCCUUAGACUUCCUCGAAGAUGACUCCAGUCCUCGGCCUGACGACUGGGACACCACGGAUGCGUACGGGUCGACCGCGCUCACAUUGGCGUCGCGCGGCGGACACCUCGCGCUGUGCCGCGCCAUCUUGCCGCACGUACCUCCGUCCGUACUCAAUCAGGCCAACAUGUUCGGCUCCACGGCGCUCAUGUGUGCAUCUGCGUCAGGACACGGCGAAAUCUGCCGCACACUGCUUGCCGCGGGAGCCGACGUGAACGUCAAGACACGGUACGGGUCGACGGCGCUCAGCAAAGCGGCAGAGGCAGGACAUGCAUCUAUCGUCGAUCAGUUGUUGGCACGUGGGGCGGAUGCAUCUCCGAACGUGAUGGGGAAAACGCCUUGGGAUUUGGCGGCGGAGAAAGGGCAUGCCAUCUUGCCGCCGUCGCCACAAUUGGAUUCAACACCGAUCGACCGAGUUGAAGUUGACGACGAAGUAGUCGAGGUGCUUCUGGCGCGUGUGACUCGGAUCCUGAGUGCCACGCACGUCGAGUGCCAGCUGCCAGACGGUGAAGCCGUCGUCGUGACCAAGCCGGACACAGUCAUGGUGCCUGUGAACGGUCAAGUGGAACUGGGUCGGAUGGAGGAAGAGGGAGGUGCGACUUAUCAUUUCAACGGCGUCGUGUCCAGACACCGGCAACCGAAGCAGCGCUGCUUGCAUCCUCGGCGCUCGUAUGACAAGAAAUGCGUCGACUGCCCCGAACGAUGAGGUCGUGACCGUGCAGAAGCGCGGAUUUUCAUAUGCACACGUGUCAUGAUCACUCAGUCAAAAUACAUGCAUUCUCUUCACCCAAAUAUAAUCCAUACAAUCUUGG